UCUCGUCUAGAUUAUUAUGAGGUAGGAUCUUGAUUCUGUCGAUACAGACAGACACACAGUCCCCUUCUCAGCUCCGGCUUCUUCAUACCUGUUACCACUAGAAAAAAAAACCCUAAUUCACACCUAAUUUAGUAUUCUAUUGUCUUAAACACCCCGCAAUUAAUGGAUAAUUUAGCCCUUAAUUCUUCUUCUCAAAAACCAGUUUUGGGUUUUACAGCAAACCCUCGAACUGAUGCUAUAAUCUCCAACAAACCCUUGUUUUGUUCCUUCAAAAUCCCCAAAAGAAGUGGUGUAAUCUUCAAUUCCAAAUCUUCAAAUUCAAAUUCAAUUUCAACCCCACGAGCAAUCAGCAAAUCAAAUGAAGCAGAUAGUAUGGGGAAGGAUUGUUUCGCUAGAAUUUCAUCUUCAAGCGAUCAACAUACAUCGUCAGUUGGUGCAACACCGCAAAUAGCAGUGCCACCCCCAUAUUCACAAGUAGGUUCUCCUCUGUUUUGGGUGGGAGUAGGUGUUGCAUUUUCGGCAGCGUUUUCAUGGACGGCUUCAUACUUAAAGAAAUAUGCAAUGCAACAAGCUUUCAAGACCAUGAUGGGACAAAUGGACGCACAAAACAACCAAUCUGCUAACGCUGGUUUUUCACCUGGCUCUCCUUUUCCGUUUCCACCACCGGCGUCACCAGGCUCGCCACCUGGAUCCCCAUUUCCUUUUCCGACGCCCACUUCACAAAGCUCAGCUGCCACAUCAGCACCUGCUUCCCAACGUACAUUGACUGUAGAUGUACCUCCGACUAAAAUAGAGGCAACGCCUACACCGACAGAGGCAAUAUCUGCACCGACGGAAGCUAAAGAUAACUUUGAAUCACCACAAGAGCCAAAGAAAUCCGCUUUCGUGGAUGUGUCUCCUGAGGAAACGUUGAAAACGAGUUUUGAAAAGCUUGAAGAAUCUACAGAGACUGAAUCCCAAAAGGAUUCGGAAUUCGCAAAUCAAUCUUCUGAAAAUGGAUCUGCUUUUAAGCCAACGGAUAGUCCAUCUGUGGAGGCUUCAUCCACAGGUACAAAAAGUAACGGUAUGUCUGUUGAAGCUUUGGAGAAGAUGAUGGAUGAUCCAACUGUACAAAAGAUGGUCUAUCCCUAUCUUCCGGAAGAGAUGAGGAACCCUACCUCUUUCAAAUGGAUGCUUCAAAACCCACAAUACCGUCAACAACUGCAGGAUAUGCUGAAUAACAUGGGCGGAAGCCCUGAAUGGGACAACCGUAUGAUGGACUCAUUGAAAAAUUUUGAUCUUAACAGUCCUGAGGUCAAGGAGCAAUUUGAUCAAAUCGGGCUAACUCCAGAAGAAGUUAUAUCUAAAAUCAUGGCGAAUCCUGAAGUUGCUAUGGCGUUUCAAAACCCUAGAGUUCAAGCAGCCAUCAUGGAUUGUUCUCAGAACCCUAUGAGCAUCAUCAAGUACCAAAAUGACAAGGAGGUUAUGGAUGUAUUCAACAAGAUAUCAGAACUCUUUCCGGGAGUGACGGGGGCACCCUGAUCGUAUACUUGUUUUGCAACCGAGUGAGUAUAAAGCUGCAGAAGCGAGCCAUGUGUCACAACCCGUUAGCCAUAGUCGAUCACAUGAGUUUGGCAUUAGGAGACUGUAAUUUAGCUAUCAUUUGGUGUGUUAAUUUAGAAGCAAACAUGUUUAGUACUUAAACCACAUUAUUUUAUAUCUUCAUAUGUUUAAUAAUCUGUACGUUAAUCUAACAAAAUACUCGAUGAAAGUAUGAAGCAUAUCUUAUCUUGGGUA